UGGCGCGACGUUAACUGUAUUUGUUGGUAGGGCCCAGCUUGUUACUGGGCUUAUUUUGUAUUCAUUCAAUAUCCUUUUCUGUUUUGAUUGUUUUUUUAAAUUGUUCAAAAACAUAGCGUUGAUAAGCAAUGGCUACCGAAGUAGAUCAACACUUAAGGCAAAUUCAGAGUGAAUACCUAGAUUUUCUAGAUGAUCAAGAUGACCAAGGGAUAUAUCACCAGAAGGUUAGAGAUAUGGUGGCAAACAAUGAUGUUCGGAUUAAAAUAAAUAUAAAUGAUCUACGCCGAAAAAAUCCAAAACGUUGUAAUCUACUUUUAAAUGAAUCUUUUGAAGAACUCAUGUGUUUCCAGAGGGCAUUGAAAGAUUUGGUAUCUUCAGCAGAUCCACUUUAUGGCAAGCAACAUGAAGAAUUUUUUGUAGGCUUUGAAGGAAGCUUUGGUGACAAACAUAACACACCACGGUCACUAACUAGCAAGUUCCUGGGCAACAUGGUGUGUGUUGAAGGCAUUGUGACCAAAUGUUCAUUGAUAAGGCCUAAAAUUGUAAGAAGUGUCCAUUACUGUCCAGCAACUAAGAAAACAAUUGAACGCCGUUACGCAGAUAUGACUUCUCUUGAUGCACACCCCACCAGCGGAGUCUACCCCACUAAAGAUGAAGAUGGAAAUCUUCUUGAGACAGAGUUUGGUUUAUCCGUUUACAAAGACCACCAGACUUUCAGCAUUCAAGAAAUGCCAGAGAAGUCGCCUCCAGGUCAGCUGCCAAGAUCUGUUGACGUUAUAGCAGAUAAUGAUCUUGUUGAUGCUUGCAAGCCUGGUGAUAGAGUUCAAGUUGUGGGCAUGUUCCGUUGUUUGCCAGCUAAGAAAAAUGGAUUUACAACAGCAACUUUUAGGACAGUGUUGAUAGCAAAUAGUAUUUCAUUGCUGAGUAAGGAAGUUGAACCCCUUUUUUCUGCAGAUGAUGUGGCUAAAAUUAAAAAGUUUGCUAAAGAUAAAAAGCAUGAUGUUUUUGAAGCUUUGGCUCGUUCGUUGGCACCAUCUAUCCAUGGCCAUGAAUACAUUAAAAAAGCUGUCCUGUGCAUGUUGCUUGGCGGAAAUGAGAAAGUUUUAGAAAACGGAACUAGGUUGAGAGGAGACAUCAAUGUGCUUCUUAUUGGUGAUCCAUCUGUUGCAAAGUCUCAGAUGUUGAGGUAUGUGCUGUAUACAGCUCCACGCGCUAUCCCUACUACUGGUCGAGGCUCUUCGGGUGUUGGUCUUACAGCAGCUGUCACUACAGAUCAAGAAACAGGAGAGAAACGUUUGGAAGCAGGUGCUAUGGUUUUGGCAGAUAGAGGGGUUGUCUGUAUUGACGAGUUUGAUAAAAUGUCGGACAUUGAUCGAACUGCCAUUCAUGAGGUGAUGGAACAAGGGCGGGUCACUAUCGCUAAAGCUGGUAUUCACGCCAAGUUGAACGCCAGGUGCAGUGUCCUUGCUGCUGCCAAUCCAGUUUAUGGACGGUAUGAUCAGUUCAAGACUCCAAUGGAGAAUAUUGGUCUGCAAGAUUCACUUUUGUCCCGUUUUGAUUUGCUGUUUAUUGUAUUAGAUAAGAUGGAUCCAGAAUCUGAUAGACAAAUAUCAGAUCAUGUCUUGAGGAUGCACCGCUACAGAUCUGCAGGAGAACAGGAUGGGGAUGUUCUGCCAAUGGGGAGUAGCACGAUGAUGUUGGCCACCCAGGAUCCAGAGGCUGAGAAUACUGAGAACCAGGAGACCCCUGUGUACGAGAAGAGGGACACAUUCCUGCAUGGCCCUGGGAAGAGAGGAGACAAGAUUGUCAGCAUGCAGUUCAUGAGGAAAUAUAUCCACAUAGCAAAAAAUGUAAAACCUAUACUAACAAGGGCAGCUUCAGAUUACAUAGCUGAGGAGUAUGCCAAGUUAAGGAAUCAAGACAAUCUUACACAGGAUCAUAUUGCUAGGACACAACCAGUAACUGCUCGAGCUCUGGAAACAAUCAUUCGUCUUUCCACUGCACACGCUAAGGCUCGGCUGAGUAAAAAUGUGGAACACAUUGAUGCUCAAGCUGCAGUGGAGCUGGUGGAGUUUGCUUAUUUCAAAAAGGUGUUGGAGAGAGAGAAGAAAUCUCGCAGAAGGGCCAAAAACAGUGAUGGGGAAGAAAGUCAGGAUGAGGAGGAAGUAGAAAAAAGCCCAGCUCCUAAAAAAGCGAGAACAGCUAGAGCAAAAAAAUCAGCUCCAAAAGAAGACGGAAGUGCUGAUCCAUAUGAUUUUGAAGAACUUGAAGAAGAAAGAACAGAACCUGCAUCGCUGGAAGAAGAGCGAAGGAAACGACGCGCCUCUGGAUCAGCACCAUCAACCCCAGUGUCAACACAACUGUCAGAUGAAAGAUUAAAAGUUUUCCGGUCCUCACUGUACCAGCUGUACAAAAAAGAGCGGGCCCAAUCAGUUCAGCUGGACCAAAUAAAAGCACACAUGUCAGCGGAGCACAAAGACACGCCCUUUUCUGAGGAUGAAAUCAUGUCCGCCAUUGAUAAAAUGAUGGAUGAAAACCAGGUCAUGCUAUCAGACAAUAUUGUGUUCUUGGUGUAGUCAAGUGGUUGUCUUGGUUACCAGCUGUGUUAGUGUUUAAGCAAGGAAGACAACUGAUCUAUACCACACAUCAACAUCAGUGAUUCCAGUUCUUGUGUUGGCUUGUGGUAUUGCAAAGAAUGAGAAAUUUAAUAGUUCAGCAGUUGAUUAAAUUAUAAUUGUUUAAAAUUAUUAAUUUUUGUCAAGAAAAAUUGUAUUUAAGUCUACUGAACAACUUCUGGCAUAUUGCUGAUAGAUGUAGAAUUACAUUGUUUUUGCUUUUGUACAUACAGUCAAGCAAUUUUUGCAUUUGUUUCCAAUGAAAUAUGUUAUUCCAUUAUUAUUUUUUUAUAACCUUUUUGUCUAAAACAUUAAUUGUAGAUCUUACCAUCAUUGUCAAUGUUUAUUUCUGGGCUAAUUGUUUUGUUUAUCUCAUUUUUAUAUUUACAAUUUACUUGUGACAUAGUGUAAAAACAAUAACAUUUUAAGUAAAAUAAAUGAUUU